AUGCGGGUUCUAACGUUUCUCCUCUUGCUACUCUGCGAUUUGUAUCAUGCACGGGCCGCUAAGAUACUUGUUCUCCCCGCAGCUGACGGGGGAAGUCACAUGCAAAGUAUGGCACCUUAUUUUACAACGUAAGAACUAAUUUUUUUCCAAAUAUUUCUGGAUACCGAAUCAAUAAAUUGUAGUGUUCUUAUGACGUCAAGUUGACCGAACUUAACUUCAUAUUUAAAAGAAACAAGCAAGCUUAAUAAUCUGUUACAUAUAUUACAGCUUAUUCCUUCCAGACUAGCUGCUGCCGGACAUGAAGUUCACGUGUUGGACACAGCCAACCCGAAACCGAAAUACGUCUACACCAACGUGACCAUGCACAACAUUGUUGAUCCAGAGAAUCCAAUGCACCCGAGAAAUCAAUGGGAAGGAUUAGUGACAGUCUCUUCUUUCCGCGAAGUCUUCAAAGGAUCCGACAAUAAGUUCAAUGGGCUGCUCGAUCGGCGAAGGAAAGAGGUAAAAAGUUUAGAAUAAAUUCUGUAAAAUUUUCUUUGGACUUACAAACAUGUCAUAGGCAUUGUUAUUGAGCGUUUUACUAUUGCUCUUUUCGCGGCUCUUUGUCACUGAAUCACAAUAUUUACCCAUUUAAAUAUUUUUCUGACAGAUUGAUGCCCUUGUUAACCAAAACUGGGAUUUGGUGGUAGCAGAUGACAUCUUCAGCGCUCACGCAUGGGGCAUUGCGUUGAAACUGAAACAGCGAGGAGUUCCGUAUGUGUUAUAUUCAACAUCGGGCCAGGUGGCUUCGACUACAGCUCAAACUUUGGCUUACAGUAAGAUUUUUUUUGUAAAAAUGUUUUCUUAAAACAUGAAGUCAAACAUUCUGUACUUCAGCGAGAAAUCCCGUUAUUAAGCAGUUCAUGUUCCCUGACAUGCCGAAAGAUUCCAAACGGUACUACAAUCACGGCAACUUCUUUGACCGACUCACAGCCUUCUGGAAUGUUGCCCAUGAGAUCGUGGGGUUUGAUUAUUAUCGUGAGUUUUUGGUAUUAUAAGCAAGAGAAAGUCACCUAAAACAAUACAUGUAGAUGACUCUGAUCCUUUCAGUUCAACACGUCAUGACUUCGAUUAGUCGCUUUGGUGUCGAUAACUUUUCGUGGGUUCGUCUCCACAAAUCCUCAUCUCUAAUGUUUACCGACUCUAUGAACCGUCUCGGCUGGCCACAGUCCGAAGGAAAUGACUUAAUCAACAUUGGCUCUGUUUGUAACAAAGCGGCGGAACUUGUGGAUCCAGAUCUCAAGAAAUUUAUCGAAAAUCCGAGAUCAAAGGGGACUAUCUACAUUGCUUUCGGGAAUUACGCCAAUUGGACUAUGGCGCCUGAGAGAAUAUUGAAUUCGUUCAGUUCUGCGUUGAGCAGACUGUCAGAGUACAGUAUUAUUUUCAGUUUCAAUGGAAACCUCUCAACGAUGCCGCAGCUGGAUCAUAUUCGAUAUUUGAAAUGGGCUCCUCAAGCAGCAAUCUUGAACCACAAGAAAACUCGGCUGUUUGUCACACAUGGAGGUUUGAAAAGGCAAGAUAUUUUCAUGUAAAGAUGCCUCGUGUCUCCUAUGAUAUUCAUGUCUAUUAUUCAGUUUGAAAGAGGGGAUCUGCUCGCGCACCCCUCUAGUUUUGAUGCCAAUAUCAGCUGAGCAAGUCCAUAAUGCUCACAUGGGAUUGGCGCUGAAAUGGGGAGGAUAUGUAAAUAAGUAUACGAUCACUCCAGAGGGUUUAUACAACGAGAUGAACAGGGUAGGUUUACUAUUGAGAUAGCUUUCAAUUAGAGAGACUCGAACCUUUUCAUCGCAUUUUCAAUUUUUUAGAUCCUAACUCAAUCAUUUUACCAACAGUCUAUCGAUAAAAAUGCCAAAUUUUUGGUGGAUCUUCCCCUCCCAGCUUUAGAAUUGGCCAAAUUCCACACAGAACGGAUCCUCCGAGCCCGAGAUGGGAAAGUCGUUUUUAGAAGAAAAGGAAUGGACUUGUACUGGUAUCAAUUCUUGUACCUCGAUCUCAUCAGUGCCAUACUUACGUUUGUCUAUAUCACUUAUCGCUUCGUAAAGUAUGUGAUUCUUUCUUCUUUUCAGAAGGAUGUGUAAAUUUAAAUCUUACACGUGUAAAAUGUUAUGUUUAGACUUUAGGAUAAAUAAAGGGUCUUGUAAAAAUUUGGAGGUCAUUUGACGAUAGAAAUUGUUGUUUGGAAAAAAUGAUUACAAGUUUUGCAACCGAAACUUUUUUCUCAUCUUUCCCUUCCCCGUAACAAUGAUGGUCACUAAACUUUUGCGAACGGAAUGUUUUUUGUAAAUUAAGGCGUUGCCCGGGUCAAGGCUGAUCAAAUUGCGGAUUCGACGACUUAAUCAGUCGCAUCGUCCCGCCGUUCUCAGCCUGCGGUCUUCCGUUUGUACGAUGAAACUUGUCUUAAUUGGACUGUUCGUUUUGGCGGCUUUGGCAGAAAGUUGUUUGUACAAGGAUUUACAACACAAUGACGGAGAUGAAUGGGUAAGUAGGAAAUUGUUCGUUGAUUUGAAGACUAAAGCUAUAAUUUCAAACCAUGUUCAAGAUAAUUUUUUUAGGUAGAGAACACCUACUUUUUAUUCCGUUGUGAAUUCUUCAACAACAAUACUUCUUGGCGUGUAAAACUCUCCGGCUGUGAUUACAAUGGAACUCGUUACGCGUUAGAUGAGGAAAAGGAUGGACGAGCUUGUAAAUCACUUCCAGAUGGCCGAGCUAAAUUCAUUCUUGGUCCCAUUUGCGAUGGUAAAGAGGAAGGUGAGAUUUUUAGUCAUCAUUAAGGGAGGUAUUAAAAAAAAGAUUUAAAAACGGCAAGUAAGGCCUUCAAGCCUUGUAAAAAGCAGUUGCAAAAUUUAUAGAGGUUUGUGGAUUACUGUAUUUUUCCUUCUCUGCUAUUCUUGCAAAGACGUGCGCGGAAGGGAUAACAUUCAAGAAAGAUCACCGUUUCCUUGUAAGAGUGUAAUAUUGCAGUGAUAAGGUAAACCGGUUCAAAAUGUUGACUGCUUCCGUAUUUGCAACCAUUCAUCAUACAGUUAAAAUCUUAUUCCCGCGUACAAAAAAUGGGAUAUGCGUAUAUACAAUCUCAUUUUCAGGAGAAACCUGGGACGACGAUCACUUCCGAAAGACCUGUGUUGACGGCCUUGUCAAGUUCAUUGGAUGCACCACCAAUGAAAAAGUCUAUAUUCCCCUUGAAGAAGAAAAAAAGUCGGGACUUUUCACGUGGAGAUGCGAAACUGCCCCUCAUAAUGGGGUAAAAUUGUAUCCCACCGAUGUAGAAAAAGUGAACUCUGAGAUCAAAGCCAAAAAUGAACAGAAGAAAGCGACUGCAAAGAUUGUGAAGAACGCCGACAAGCUAAAGGAAGAGAUGAAAUCAGAGGAAAAGGAAAAGGAAUUGAAAUUGGACAACCUUUUGGAAGGAAGUGGACAAUCGGAAGAUGAAACGUCGACCAAUGAGAGCUCUCAGUGA